CCAUCAAAGGAAGCAGACUGAACAUGGAAACGACAGGACGCGGGUCUCCCACCGGAGUUGGUCGAAGCUGCUGUGAUGAGUCUCCCACCGGGAUUUCCCAGGUCGACUGUGACAGCAAAACAGUCAAUGAUGAAGAGCAGGUGGCAGCACGAAAAGUCAACUUGAAUAAUGCUGGUGAGAAACCCUAUAUGUGUGGGGAGUGUGGGUACAAGGCGGAUUACAAGUAUAAGUUAUCCAUACAUAUAAGAACCCAUACAGGAGAAAAACCCUACAAGUGUGACCAGUGUGACUAUUCUUUAGCACACAGAAGCAAUUUGGCCAAACAUCUCGCAAGACACACCGGUGAGAAACCCUACAUGUGUGGGGAGUGUGGGUUCAGGACAGCGUACAAAUCUCACUUGUUCCAGCAUAUAAAAACCCAUACAGGUGAAAAACCAUUCAAGUGUGACCAGUGUGACUAUUCUGCAGCUCUGAAAUCCACGUUGGACCAACAUCUAACAAGACACACUGGAAAGAAACCCUACAUGUGUGGGGAGUGUGGGUACAGGACAGCACAUAAAUCUUCUUUAGACGAUCAUAUCAAAAAACACACUGGUGAGAAACCCUACAUGUGUGGGGAGUGUGGGUACAGGGCAGCUGCGAGGUCCAACUUAUCCCGACAUAUGAGAACCCAUACAGGUGAAAAACCCUAUAAGUGUGAUCAGUGUGACUAUUCUGCAGCACGGAAAUCCCACUUGGACUAUCAUUUAGUAAAACACACCGGUGAAAAACCCUAUACGUGUGGGGAGUGUGGAUACAGGACAACCCAAAAGUCUGACUUAUCAAAACAUAUGAGAACACAUACAGGAGAAAAACCCUACAAGUGUGAACAAUGUGACUAUUCUGCAGCACAGAAAUCCCACUUGAACAAUCAUCUAGCAAAACACACUGGUGAAAAACCCUACAUGUGCGGGGAGUGUGGAUACAGAACUGCUCACAAGUCUGACUUGUCUAGACAUUUGAGAUCCCACACAGGAGAAAAACCGUACAGGUGUGACCGGUGUGACUAUUCUGCAAAACAAAAAUCCAGUUUAGACAAACACCUAGCAAAACACUUGUGAGAAGCCCUACAUGUGUGGGGAGUGGGGGUACAUGACUGCUCAGAAUUUUGAAUUAUCUAAACAUAUGAUAGCCCAUUCAGAAGUAAAACCCUUCUAAG